AUUCAUACAGAUUUAUGCAUUCAUUCCAGGCAGUACAUGUCCACAGCUUUUGCCCAUCAUGGUCCUGUUGCUCCAGGCAGCAGCAAUAAUCCUGCUGCUGGCCUCUCUGCCUGGAUCACUCUCUACUCCAUCUCAGCAUCUGUGCGGCUCCAACCUGGUGGAUGCGCUUUUCCUUGUGUGUGGGCCUAGAGGCUUCUUUUACUCCAGCAGAAGCAGGAGGGACCUGGAGAUUUUGCUGGCCUUGCUCUCAAAUUUAGCAGAUUACGAGGUAGCUGAGGCUGAUCCAUUAAAACAGAAGGUGAUGAUGAAGAUGAAGAGAGGGAUUGUGGAACGGUGCUGUCACAGGCCCUGCACCAUCUACCACUUGGAGGACUACUGCAGCUGAACAAGCUGAAAUGUUUCGUAAAGGUUAAAGAUUUUAAUAAAUGAUCAUUACAUGCUAGUAUUUG